CAUAACUGUCCCAUUGUCCCUGCCAGCCUCAGCGAGUUUGCAUCCAUACCUUUUUGCAAGAGCAUGACCUCGUCAUUGUCUUUCAUUGUCCUAUAAUCUUCUCUCCUUGGCUCUUCGAUAUCAAGCUCAUCGUACCACGUGAAUCACCAUGCUUAGCCAGUGGCUAUUACCGGCAGGCUUGUUGGCCAGCAGAGCAGCUGGUCUAACAAUCCAACCAACGAAUAACACACAAAAUGGCACCGGCGUGGAUCUUGCGCUGCCUUCAGGAAACACUAUUGCGAUAUUUGGCACAUUGGAACCCCUGACCCCGACUGCAGACCAGCUAGGAAUGGGUAUUUCUGACACGUUGUACCAUGUUACAACAUCGAACCAGAACAAUCUCACUGACCAGGACGUUGCUUAUAUCUCCUGCGAUCCUGGAGAUUAUUCUGGCUUCCUCUCUUUGAAUAAUGUGUUCCAGACAGCCCUUGGAGUCAACGCCACAGCGAUCAUUCUGUACAGUCUGACGGCCGAGCAAUGCAACAUUACUGGCAUGGAGUCAGCAUUCUCAAAGUUAUACUCCAUGUCGAAUCGAACGAGAUCCAAUGAAUUACUCGAGCACAUUGGCAAUAACGAUGCUUUGAAGGCAACUAUCCUGCAUUCUGACUCGACAGCACUGCACAACAACGGCAGCAGCAGCAACCCACAGACCACAUCGCCAUCCUAUGGAUCUUCGCCUACAACUGCAGUUGCCAUGAUCAUUCUAUACAGCGUUACUGGUAUCAUCACGGCAUUGUUCCUCAUUAUUAUCAUCACUGGCGCUAUUCGAGCACAUCGUCACCCGGAACGUUAUGGUCCAAGAAACGUUCUCGGAAGGCCGCGACAGACUAGAGCCAGAGGUAUUGCACGUGCUAUGCUGGACACCAUUCCUGUCGUCAAGUUCGGCGAACAGCCUAAGCCAGAGGCCAAACCUACGGAUGUUGAGUUGGCAGACACGGAUACACCUGUAAUUCGACGCUCAGUGGAGAAUGACGGAACUCAGGAGACAAGACUCGACGAAGCCGCCCCCAGACAGUCCAUGGCAUCCGCUCGUUCAGGGAUUGGAGCAGCAACGGGUCAUACCAACCCCGACGUAAUUUCCGGAUCGGCCGCACCCGAAUCAGCGGAAGCACUAGGAUGCUCAAUCUGUACUGAUGACUUCGAGACUGGUCAAGACCUUCGCGUGCUACCUUGCGAUCACAAGUUCCAUCCUGCAUGCAUUGACCCAUGGCUUCUGAAUGUAUCAUCAACUUGCCCACUCUGCCGUAUCGAUCUUCGACCUGAGGGAUCUGCUGAAGCAGAGGCGGCUACCACGGCAACAGGCGACAACACGGAUUUGCCUCCUCCCAUCAACGGCUACAACGGACAGCCUUACCGCGUGAGCAUGCGUCGUAGCUUGCUCAUUGGUCUGGGACUCGACCGAGGACACAUUGACCAGGGGCAAAGAAUGGCCGCUGCGCGCGAAUUGCGUGAGAUGCGUCCCAACAAUGCAGAGGGUCCCGACCCGCAACAGCAGGAGCAGGGUGAAGAAGGUCGUCAACGCCGUAGACUACGAGAGCGCUUUGGUGUCCGCACGAGACGCAGAGGACAGUCGGAUGUUCAAGCACCUACAGCUGCUGUUCCUGAGGAAGCUGCCGCAGAGACUUCAGCAGUCGUUGAGACUAAUGAUGUACAGCGUGAUCAGCGUCCUACCAACCCAUAGUAGUAUCGUGCGGCUGGACUGAUCUCAGCAUAAGUUAUGAGGCGUUCUGUUGGGUAUUUUCCGGCGUUUGGAUUUGCAUUCUGCGAAAGAGCGGAUGACUUUUUGGAUGGGUUUGAGAUAGGUUCUUGAGUGUUGGUUUCUGCAUGACCAGGCUUGAAAAGACAUUGGCGAGAAAGGCAUUAUGUACUACUACGAUUAAAUGAGCGAAACCAUGAGAUUCCCUUCCU